AUGGAGAGAUCUGCGGGCGGAGUCAGCAGAAAUGGUGAGCACGGAAAACCCAACAAGAAGUCUAAAGCUAAAGGUGGAUGGAAUGCUGCCAUUUUCAUCAUCUUUGUGGAGACAACUUUGAGAUUUGCUUUCUAUGGGUUGGCCGGUAAUCUCAUCGUCUACCUCACAACUGAACUUGGCCAAGGAGUUGCAGAGGCUGCCAAAAACGUAAAUACAUGGGUCGGCAUCUCGUUUCUCUUCCCGAUUUUCGGAGCUUUGGUUGCUGACUCUUUCAUGGGUCGAUUCAAAACCAUCAUACUGUCCUGCGUUAUAUAUUUAGUUGGGACUAUUUUAUUGACAUUAUCUGUGUCGAUAGUUCCUACCCAUUAUCGAGAACCAGUGUUUUUUACGGGGCUUUACAUCCUAGCAAUCGGUGAAGGAGCGCAUUUGCCAUGCGUACAAACUUUUGCAGCAGACCAAUUCGAUGAAAGUAGCUUAGAGGAGAAGAAAGCUAAGAGCUCUUUUUUUAACUGGUGGUUCUUAGGGAUAGUCUUUGGUGCAUCGGCAGCAAUCUUGAUCGUAAUUUAUGUCGAGGAUCGUGUGGGUUGGACAGCAGGAUUCAGUAUAACAUCAGUUGCGAUAGCUCUUUCAUUAGGAGUUUUUUUGGUUGGAAUAAAUCGAUAUCGAGAGCAAAUUCCGGUAGGCAGCCCAAUUACUAAGAUGGUCCAAGUAUUUGUCGCAGCUGCACGAAAAUGGCGUAUCAAAGAGUCAUAUGGUGUUUACGAUAAAAAUGAAGGAUUCGCAACUCUACUAUCUACAGAUCAAUUCAGGUACUUUCUAUUGAUUAAAUACUAUAGGUAUUUGAACAACGCAACGUUACUCGACGAUGUUGAUAUUACAAGCACUUGCAGACGCAAAUGGCGACUUUGCUCGGUAAACCAGGUCGAAGAAGUAAAGCUCGUGAUACGACUUAUACCAAUUUGGUUGAGUUGCUUGAUGUUCAGCGCUGCCAUGGUUCAAAUCCAUACUUUUUUCACAAAGCAAGCAAGUACAAUGACGAGAUCUAUUGGAGCUCACUUCAUUCUUCCUCCUGCUUUUCUUCAAAGUCUUGUAGGACUUGCUAUCUUUAUCUCAGUUUCAGUUUACGAUCUAGUUUUCGUCCCCUUCGCAAGAAAGAUAACUGGACAUCCAUCAGGCAUAACCGUGCUGCAAAGAAUUGGAGUUGGUUUGUUCUUGUCAAUACUUUGCAUGGUUAUAUCUGCCCUCAUAGAAUCCAAAAGAAUAAGCACAGCUAAAUACUGUAACUUGAUGGACACACCCAAAGUAGCAGUGCCAAUAAGAGUGUGGUGGUUACUUCCUCAGCACGUAAUUAGUGGGAUUGCUGAAAUGUUCACCAUUGUUGGACUGCAAGAAAUUUUCUAUGAUCAAAUGCCAGAAGGAAUGAGAAGCUUUGGGGCAGCAGCUUAUAUGAGUGUGAUUGGAGUUGGAAGCUUCAUUAAUAACAUUAUCAUAUCAAUUGUGCAGACAAUCAGCUCGAAGCAUGGUGAUAAAUGGCUUAUCGAUAACCUUAACCGAGCUCAUCUUGACUAUUUCUAUUGGGUCAUGGCAGGGUUGGGUACGUUGAAUUUAUGUAUUUAUAUAUGGAUUUCGAGAGGCUUUGUCUACAAAAAAGUACAUUUCAAUAGUACAGAGGAUGAGGAGAUGGAGCUUUAA